CAGACUGAGCUUUAUUUGGUUAAAGCAGCAGAGCGCUAUGGUCCUCAGUGAGGUGCUAGUCCUGGGACUCCACACCUUGACGACCCUCCUGGGUCCCCAGGGAGCAGGAGCCAUCCAGGCUGACCACAUGGGCUCCUACGGACCAGCCUUCUACCAGUCUUACGGUGCCUCUGGUCAGUUCACCCACGAAUUUGAUGGGGAACAAUUGUUCUCUGUGGAUCUGAAGAAAAAGGAGGCUGUGUGGCGUCUGCCUUGGUUUGGCAACUUUGCCCACUUCGACCCUCAGGGUGGGCUGGCCAGCAUCGCACUGAUCAAAGCCCACCUGGACGUCUUGGUGGAACGCUCCAACCGCAGCAGAGCCACCAACGUGCCUCCAAAGGUGACUGUGGUCCCCAAGUUUCCAGUGGAGCUGGGCCAGCCCAACGUCCUCAUCUGCAUUGUGGACGGCAUCUUCCCGCCUGUGAUCAACAUCACCUGGCUGCGCAACGGCCUGACAGUCACGGAGGGCGUGGCCCAGACCAGCUUCUAUUCCCGGCCCGACCACUUGUUCUGCAAGUUCCACUACCUGACCUUCGUGCCGUCUGCCGAGGACGUCUAUGACUGCCAGGUGGAGCACUGGGGCCUGGACGGGCCACUCCUCCAGCACUGGGAGCCCCACAUGCCUACCCUGCUGCCAGACACCGCAGAGACCCUGGUCUUUGUCCUGGGCCUGACCAUGGGCCUGGUGGGCUUCCUCGUGGGCACCAUCCUCAUCCUCACAGGUAAACGCCCUUGUGUGAGGUGUGGAUCGUGGGAGACGCCUCAUGGAUUCCUUGCAGUUUCUGCAGCCCUCUCAUGCUCGGGGCCACAGUCCAUUACAUACAUCCCCACUGUGCUGGCUUUGAAUGGGAUCACCUCUGUUAUAUGUGUCCCCUCCUUCUUGGCCCCAGUACUCAUGGCAAGACUUUGUGGGGCACCAGCCACUUCCCCUUCCCAACCUCAAUAUGCAUGUUUCUUGCCCUGUCCAAAGCUCUGGCUUAGCAGCAGUAAAUGCUUUAAUGGUGUUUGCCUUAUAACCUUUUUACCAGGUCUUGGCCAAUGCUCCCAGGUGUGAAGGAUGCUGGGACUUGGGAAAGGAGAUUCUGAGUGACAACCAUUGUGGGUGACCAGCUAGCACUGGGGAUUGGCAGCUGCCUUCAGGCCAGCCAGCUGUGCCCUGCUCCAUCUGACUCAUCAGCUCGGGGCCCUUUUUGUGUUACUUGUGAAUGGUCAUUUCACAGAGACUUCAUGAAAUUUUACCAGAAAGUGAUGCAGAGAAUUCUCUUCAUUGUGAUUCCUCUCAGCCAAGGACAGUUCUGAAAGGCACUGGGAGAAGAUUCUUUUCCAGAUUUACUCUGUAUGAAGAGGCCAUUGGUGUCCAGCCUUGGUCUACAAUGUCAUCUCUUUUUUCUACAUUUCCUAGAGUCCCAUGCAUGAUAAAGAGCGCUCCAAGGCUUAGACCCCUCAACAUGUGUCAAUCAUUUUAGGUAGGAGGGGAACAGAGUGCAUCUGCAGCGUGUCUGCUAAGAGGGGAGGUAUAGGAGAGAUCCACCUGAACUCUCUCUAAAUAUGUGGCCUGCAAGUUUACUGUGAACAAAAUUUAAACACUCACACAGACACACAGAGAUAAGUAACCACACAAGGUAGUUAUGCCAGGCACCAAAUGAGUGGUAUAGCUCAGUGGUUUCCACACCAAAAUGUACACCAGAAUCAUCUGGGAGACUUUUAAAAUACAGGCCACACCCAGACCUACUGACCUGGAAUCUUGGGGGUGGGAGGUGGUGACAACAAGAAGCCUGUAUCUUUUAAUGAGCUCUCCAGUUGAUUCUGAUGCAGCCAGCCCGGACCUAGGCUGUGUAACCAAGACUAACUGAUCUCGUGUGGUGUUAUUAGAGGUCAUUGGAGGGAAAGAUCCCUGAUGUCUGAGGGGAUCCAGGAACGUUUUCUGGAAAAUCUUGAACUUUUAGGACAUAUGACUUGGGCAAGUUAUAGUAAGUAGGAGCAAGUUUGGGGGUGGGGGUUCAAAUUGCAAGCAUUUGGUCCUAGGAAAGAAAAACCAAAAGAUUAUAGGGACUUCGUGGACUUCCAAGACAGAAUAAGUUGGGAGAAAUCAGUGACUAGUGGAAGACUCUGAUAGAUGUGGAGGAGGAUCAUCUUAGUCAAGAUUUUUGGCUUCAAGUAACAGAAACCCUCUUAAAACAAUCAGAGGCAAAAUGGAGGGUAUGUACAAUAAGGAUACAGGAGAGGUGCACAGAAUCCAAGGGUAGGCAUUCACUGGGACUCACAAAACUGAACUGAAAAGCUAGCAGAACCUGGAACAUCCCCUCUUGCUCUCUUUCAGGCCAUAUGGUCUGUUCCCUAGAUCCCUCUGUAUGUUGGCCAUAUUCUUCUCCCUCUGUUGACUGACUCAUCUUCAGCCAACAUGCCCACCCUACAGUCUCUGAGUUUUUACCACCUCAGCUCUAGCCACCCACAAAAACUUGUGUCUCCCAGGCAUAAUUUUAAAUUCUUGGGAAAAAUAAAUACGACUGGCCAAACUGGGGGUAGAUGCCCAUCCUAGUUCAAUGUACUGUGAUCAGGAGGACAAGAUGCCACAAUAUAAACAUGGCUGCCAAGCACCCCACUCUGAGGUGAGGGGUUGGGGUCUUCUCAGAGAAAGGAGAAUGGGUUGAGUCUUGGAAGACACCAAAGGAUUGGUCUAUUCCCAACAUGCCUUGAACUCUGCUGAUCUUUUGCUUAGUCAACUUGAUGCAUCAUUGGAAAGGUGUAUCUUCAAUCUCUGUCCUUUUUGGGUUUUAUGUAUGUUCCCAAGGUUUAAUAAAGUCAUUAAAAGUA